CAGCCAGCCAAUUUCAACUUCAAACAACCAUGACGCCAACUGCCUCGAUUGACUCCAACAACAAGGGUUGCCUAGCGCAGUUCUGUACUGUAGGUUCAGUGGCCGUCAGGUUUGAACUACAGAUAGUCCACACCAUCCUUGCGGUAUCGAUCCCGCCUCGAGAGGGUUCCAGCGAGUUUCAAGCCUUAUAAAUCGAAUCACCGGUCUGUUGUCGAUUUUCAUUUACUGAUGUUGAUGUGGGGUCGUUUGCAAGCUAUCAGGUAGGCUUUCUUUCUCCUUGGUUGUUGUUGUAGUGUUUCGGCUAUAAAAGAGAGGGGCUUCAAAGUCCAUUAUCAUCCCUCCUCAUCACUAGUCGUUAUAGAAUUCCGAACUUGUCUGAGAUGGUCUAACUGCUAAUCCGAGCUGAAAAGGACUGAGUCGCUAGUUCAAUUAUCAAUCAUUGCUACUAUCCCACUCAGGGUGAUUGAUCGUUCCAAGAAGCGUAGCAUUUUUGGCUGUAUAUAAAAAAAACUGAAAAUUUUUAAUAGUUAGCAAGAGAAAUGAAGCACCC